AUGGCCUCGGACAGCAAACACCAACUACCAUUCAAGCUCAAAAAUCCGGAUUUGCUCCACAACCUAUCUUUUGUGAACGGCGACUGGGUACGAGCAAAAUCAGGAAAGACAUUCGAAGUAGUUGACCCUGGAACUGGGAAGCCGUGGAUCGAAUGUCCUACUAACGAUGCAUCCGAUGUAGACGAUGCUGUCAAAAGCUCAUACGAAUGUUUCCAGAACUACAAGAAGAUCAGUCCCCGACAACGGGCGCAGAUGCUCUACCGAUGGGACGCUCUGAUCAAGGAGAACAGAGACGACAUAGCGACCAUCCUUGUGUACGAGACCGGAAAACCUAUGUCUGAGGCGUAUGGAGAGAUCGACUACUCGACAGGCUUCACGUGGUGGUUUGCUGGAGAGGCCGAACGUAUUCAGGGCAGUGUCUUCACUCCUGCACUAUCAAACAGACGCAUCUUCACAAUCAAACAGCCGCUCGGUGUUGCUGCCGCCUUGGUACCAUGGAACUUUCCCAUCGCCAUGGUCCUUCGCAAAGCUGGCGCGGCGUUGGCUGCGGGUUGUACAAUGAUCGUGAAGCCCAGCCCAGAGACACCAAUUACUAUACUUACACUUGCGUACCUCGCGCAACAAGCUGGAUUCCCCAAAGGCGCUUUGAAUGUCCUGACCACGGAUCUCGAUAAGACACCAGAACUCAGUGAAGCACUCUGCCGACAUCCGCUUGUGAGCAAAGUCACAUUUACAGGCUCUACACGCGUUGGAAAGCUAGUUGCCAAGAUGUGUGCCGAUAACUUGAAGAAAGUCACACUGGAGCUGGGAGGCAACUGCCCUGUUCUGAUUUUCGAUGAUGCAAAUAUUGAGCAGGCUAUGACUCAGAUCUUCGCAUUGAAAUACCGACACGCGGGCCAAGCGUGUAUCACUGCGAAUCGAAUAUACGUUCAAUCUGGUAUUUUUGAAAAGUUCCUGGAACGCUGGAAUGCAGAGACGCAAAAGAUCGUUGUCGGUCACGGUUCAGAUGAGAAGACCACAAUGGGACCAGUGACCACCCCAAGAGGUGUCGAAAAAGCACUUGCCCUUGUUGAAGAUGCGAAGAAAAAAGGCGCGAAAAUCCACACGGGUGGUAACAAGAUCGAGAAAGACGGUGGCUACUUCUUUGAACCUACUGUCAUUACUGGCGUUACGUCAGACAUGGACAUUGCCAACGAAGAGGCUUUCGCCCCGAUCAGUACAUUCAUCAAGUUUGACACUGAAGACGAAGCGGUCAAGGAAGCCAACGAUACCAGUAUGGGUCUCGCUUCCUAUUGCUUCACAAAGAACGUUGAUCGCACUUGGAGACUGUUUGAGAACCUGGAGGCUGGUAUGAUCGGGCUGAACACGGGUAACUCUUCUGCUGCGGAGUCGCCAUUUGGUGGCAUCAAGCAAUCCGGCUAUGGCAAGGAGUCUGGGAAGGAUGUCGCUGUGAAUGAGUAUUUGAUUACCAAGACCGGCACCUUCACACUAGAGGGGCAAUCAUGA